AUGAAUACCCCCAGUCGCAAAUCUCCACGUCCUGCACAUCACGCAAACAGCACUGCGACAGCAUUUGUCAACCCGUGGCCAUCAGCUGGGGCACCGACAUGGGGAGAGUUGGUCCAGUCCGGAUUUCCAUUAGGGCUGUACAAGGACGAACAUGUCCGACAUGAGAAGGCGCGGGAGCUGAAGGUCGUCAAACCAGACUGGGGAUUGGCCAGCCUGAAGGACAGCAACAUUGACAUGACCAGAUCGGUCGUUGGUACUUGGCUAGGCCAUGCAAGCGCCCUCGUUGAGAUCCCACCCAUCGACAACAUCGAACAAAAGAGCACCUGGCUCCUCUUUGAUCCUGUCUUCUCCAUGAGGGCGGGACCCACAGUGAACAGUGGCGUCGCACGAUUCAAAAAGGCUCCUUGCCAAGUCGAGGAUCUGCCUGGUUGUGAUGCCGUCUUCAUCUCCCACAAUCACUACGACCACCUCGACGCGCCUUCAAUUAGGGCGGUCGUACAGAAAUUCCCUCAAGCCAAGUUCUUUGUCAGUCUGGGUAUCAAGCAAUGGAUGUCUUCCAUGGGAGUUGCAACCGAACAGAUCUGUGAGAUGGACUGGUGGGACAGCCGGGAGUACUGCCCCGAAGACUUUGGCGUCGACACACGGCGAGCCUCGACAAACCAGAUAAACUUCAGAUUCACAUGCGUGCCUGCGCAACACAAUUCGGCACGGAGUCCCAUCGAUCAAGGCCGCACGCUAUGGUGUGGCUGGGUGGUGGAACGCUUCGUACGGACACAAGAUGAAUCGAGUGAAUCACACGCAACCAGGAAAGGCGCGGUCUAUCACGCCGGGGACACCGGCUAUCGGAGAACGUCGAGAUCGGAUGUUGUUUGUCCUGUCUUCCAGGAGAUCGGGAAGAGGUUCGGACCUUUCGAUCUAUCAUUCAUCCCAAUAUGGCGUGGCGGGACGCUCGGAUUCUUUUCUUCCUGGGGACUACGACUUUCACAUGAGGAUUUUCCGGCGGCUCACCAUGCCUCACCCGCAGAUGCGGUGGCGAUCCAUCUCGACGUGAAGUCGCGGAACACCAUCGGAAUCCAUUUUGGGACGUUCAUCGGUUCCGAGAACGAAUCCUACGAAGCUAUGAUAGAAUUCGCCCAGGCUUGUGAUCGGCAUGCUGUUGGAAGUCUGGACAGCCUGGCAGAUAACGAGCAUGGUCGUGCCGGAAUCCUGGAUAUUGGUGACAGCCUGGCCGUACAGACUUUGUGA